AAGAAACUAGUUUGGCGAAUGUCAUUUAAUUCCUCUACAGUCGAGACGUAGUCAUUGACACCGUACAACAAUGGGAGUCACGAAAGCCUGCGGCUUCGUGAUAUUUCGAAGAUUCCAAGGCCCCAUAGAAUAUCUGUUGAUGCAGACAUCGUAUGGGGAACACCAUUGGACACCCCCAAAAGGUCACGUGGAUCGCGGCGAAUCCGAUUUAGAAACAGCCUUAAGAGAAACUCAGGAGGAGGCUGGUUUUACAAAGGAAGAUUUAAGAAUAAUUGAUGACGCCAAGCAACAAACAGUUUAUAAUGUCAAUGGUAAGAAGAAAACUGUGAUCUAUUGGUUAGCUGAAUUAAUUGCAAAGGAAAAAGACGCCCGUUUGUCCAAUGAGCAUCAAGACUUCAAGUGGCUUCCACUUCAAGAAGCUUGCAAACUUGCUGGAUAUAAAGAAAUGCAGGAUAUCUUACAAAAUUUUGAUAAAUACAUCAAGGAGAAAGGUCUUUAAACCUUACCCGUAUUCUAUACUAUAUUAGGUUAUUGUAUAAGUGAAAUCAUUGCAUUUAAAUAAAAGUACAAUUGAAAUGAAGUUUUUAAUCUAGACGUUUUACUGCAUUCGAUUGGUUAUUUAUUAGUCAAAAUGGCGAUCCCCUGAAUCAUGGAGACUAGAGUACUCUAGUCUCCAUGCCCUGGAUGAUAACAGUGCCGUGUGACCACUUUGACGAUUUAUCUUGUAUGGCGUUUUGAUGUUAUUGAAAGUGGCAUUAAAUCCUGUCAAAAUGUUUGGAUUUCUACAGCGAUUUUGGACAUUUCUUAAUUAUUGGUAUUUUCGUUACAUGCUCGUAACGGAAUUGUAUAUGGUGGAAAAGUGGGAAAGAAAUUUCAUCAAUAUCUUCCUUUUGACAAUAUUCUCUCUAUUCAUCCUCUUCAAUUAUAAGGUCCUACUUCCAUCUACUGCGAAUCUCUUCGUUCAGAAUUAGAUUGGUAUUAAAAUCUGUUCAUGGUUCUCCAUAUACUUGCAUUUUAAUUUGGUGUAAUAGAAUAGAUUGCACUGAGUGAUAUCUUACUAUUUCACCUCUCUUUCUGUCAAGCAAUAAUAAAAAGUAUAAUGAAUAGAACUUUGUGAAGAAUGGCUCUUUUAUUCUUAUAAUCGAUGACAGGUUACAAUUUACACUAUUUACAGAACUUGCUUGACGAAUCUUGACUUGAAUGCAAUGUAAAUAAUAAGGAAAACAAAUAUUUGAUGAAUAAUAAAAAGUAAGAAUGAGAUAAAAACUAAAA